CGCCCCCACACCCACACCCACAUCCACACCCUAUACCCCUCCAUACUUCUAACAAGAUUUUGCAUUCUCAAAUACCUUUACAUUAUGAGAUGCUAGCUGUGUGAAAUGACCGGUCUUAGCUGUACUGUGUACAAGCUUGUUGCCUUAGUCAUCACCAUCACUGUUUCAAGCCAACAAUUAUACGAAUUGAGAAAGUCAUCUAUUGACCUUAGUUUUCAUGAAUUCGCGAGUUCUAACUUCGAUUAUUGACUUGGAAUUGGUCUGUAUUAGUUGAAAUUGGAAUUGAGCAGAUCACCAUUUCAAUUAGUUCCAAUCGGAAUUUAAUGGAAGCGAGACGUUACCUUUCCGCUGACAGUUACUGGGUAACAAAAAAUUAUUGCAUCUCAUUCUUUUGUUUUGGUAAGACUAUAAUAUGGAAGUAGUGAUUUUCUAUAGUUUGACCAAAUUAGCUGCAAUUAAGGAAACCGACUUGGUAACCACUUUUCCAAAUUGUGUACUGGGUUCUUUCACCAAAAAGGAAAAGGUUUUUGGAGAAAAUGACAAUCUUUUUAUAAACCUUGAUCACAGAUAUUCGGGAUCAAAGCAUCUGAUUCUUUAAUCAGCUUCUCGGAAUUCUAUACUUUCCUUCAAAGUCAUGUUCUCUACUCUGCAUACCUUUGGUCAACCUUUACAAAAGAAAUCGAUAUUUUCCGAUAACUAAAUUGUCUUGACGAAAGAAUCAAAUCAAAAAAUUUUGGGUGUGGAUGUGGGUGUGGGUGAAUUAUACCAAUACCCACUCCCACUCCCACACACGCACACCCCACACCCACACCCACACCCCACACCCACACCCACACCCACACCCACACCCACACCCACUUUUCAUUUCUCCUACACUGUUAUUAAUCAUUAACUAUAACAUAACAUUCAGGUAUGGCCUUACAAGUGUACCAGCGGUAUGAUAUUGUCUUUUUAUCUCAACAUCCGCUGGGACCGAAGCUCAGCCAUACGGCUGUAGCGAAGGCAGUUCAUUGUGACGUAAAGACGGUGAAAAGUUGGUUCAAGCGGUGGAAGCAAUGAAAAGAUUUGACCGAUGCACCUCGAUCUGGACGAACACGUGCAACAACUCCAAAACAGGAUCAACAAGUUGUUGCACUUGCUGAACAACAAACGUUCGUCACAAGUCAAGACAUCACGAACCAGUUGAACAAAAAGGGAGUCGAGAUCAGUCAGAGAACGGUACGACGACGCUUGAACGAAGCGGGAGCGAAAUAUAAUCAACCUUUGUCAAAGCCACUACUCACCGAGAACCACCAAGAGAAACGUUUAAAAUGGGCUGAAGAUCAGAGAACUACGGACUGGAACCAAGUGAUCUUUUCUGACGAGACCACCAUUAGUAUGAAUUCCGUCAAAGGACUGGUUUGAAACUUGCCUGGAAAAAAGAAGGUUGUGCGAACUGUCAAGCAUCCUAUCAAGGUCAAUGUUUGGGGUUGCUUUGUAGCUCGAGGUUUUGGUCGCGUCGUAUGUUUCAACGAGAAUCUAAAUGCGGAUUUAAUGUAUCAUAUUUACAAGUAUGACCUCUUACCUACAGCAUGGAAACAAUUUGGUCAUGAUUCAACGUUGUGGAAAUUACAGGAAGAUGAUGACCCUAAACACACAUCAAAACUGGCAACCAAAUGGAGAAUGAAUAACAAUGUCCACAAAAUUGAUUGGCCGUCGAUGUCUCCCGACAUUGCACCAAUAGAAAAUGUAUGUCAACUUCUCAAAAUGAAAUUAAGAAAGAAAAAACUACCAACUUAUCAAUCUUUAGUUUCGGCAAUAAAACGAGAAUGGAAGUCCUUAUCACCAGAAUUGGCUAUUAAACUUGCACAUCGUAUGAACAAUCGAAUUUCUGAAGUUAUUGAAAAUGAUGGAGACUUUAUAUUACAUUGA